UGUAAACAAAAGAUUUCGUCAGUGUUUUCCAGGAGCGCGAUACUGUCCUGUAUGUUACUCAGGUCGAGCAACCUUUAGUUUUUUUGUCUUUUGUUCACAAAAAAAAUUAAAUUAAAUAAAAAGAUAAAAUAGGACACUACAUUUCAAAACGUGAUUGAAAUUCCAAGGAACAGCGAUGUCAACGCAAAAACUUAUAACUCAGGAAGAAAGUCUGCACGACUCAUGGGUAGAGCUCCACUUUGAUUCAUGUAGUGAACAUGGUGAGGACGCACCAGCCCUUUCUGAUAUCACAGACCUGGAAAAAAUGCUUCUGGAAGCACAACGGGAAUCCAGCAGUAGUUCACGGACAAGUUCUCACUGUAGCAGUCCCCGACGUGUCCAGACACCUCCACUCAUCAGUGCAGCCUCCUUCAACACACACAUCAUUGCACAGGGGGAAGUUGUAGCAGAAAGCAAACAGGAAGCUGAGGCUGUCGCAAGGAUCUGUGACUGGUCCAGCCGGCCAGAGAAUGUUCCACCCACAGCAUUUAUUAUUAAACGGCCAAAACGGAACAGAAUGUGCAGCGAAAACACAGAAAAAAAUGACAAGGAAAUUAACACAAACUUGCUGAAGUUACUGUUACCCUCCCUAGUUUUGACACACAUUCUCAUGCUUGGGUUGGGGAUCUGUAUUGGACGACGCCUUUCCACUCAGUGCUCUGUUAUCUGAGUCAUAGCACAUGAGUGUGUGUGUGUGUGUGUGUGUGUAUGCUGUGUGUCAGUGUCUCUAGAAAGAACCUGACAGCCUGGAACCCUUUAGUUUUCCUCCAGGAGAAAUGCAGGACUAUGUAAGAGGACACUGUGAAAAUAUGAGGAAAGAUGGAAACUCUCAGCAUUAUUUUUUUUCUUUGGUUCUCCUGUGGGGACUUUGGCACAGAAUUAAAAAAGAUUAAUCCAGUUCUGUAUGGGUAUCAGGUUAGAUUAACCAGGAAAUAUGCCUAAUAGAUUUCAUCUUUUUUUGCUUGGAAUUAAAAGUGUUUGUUACAUUAAAGACAUGAGCAUGAAGAUUAUUUUACUGACCAGGUCACAUUGUAGUCCUUCAGCUGACCUGCUUUUUAAAUAACAUUUUAAAUCAUUAUUUUUGAAAAAUGCAAAUGUAUGUUUGACAGAAAAUUCAGAGGCAUAUAAAUACUUAUUCUGACAUUUACUCUAAUGUGACAUGCUGUGGAAAACUAAUAAACUGUGC